UGGGCGUGGCGUGCGUGGCGUGGGCGUGGCGGCGUGCGCGCGGUGAAGGGAGCGCGGCGCGCUGGCUGUGGCUACAGCGGCGGCCUGGACGGCGGCGGUUGCUGCGCCCGGUACUGCGGUCGCUGCCUGAGGCGCAGGCGCCGUGGGCUCAGCCCGCCCCGGGCCUGGGCUCGCUGUGGACUCGUCAUGGUGACCGCGGAGAGGCCUUUCCACCUGGUGGUGUUCGGCGCCUCUGGCUUCACCGGCCAGUUCGUGACCGAGGAGGUGGCCCGGGAGCAGGUGGACCCGGAGCGGAGCUCCCGCCUGCCCUGGGCCGUGGCGGGCCGCUCCCGGGAGAAGCUGCAGCGAGUGCUGGAGAGGGCGGCCCUGAAGCUGGGAAGACCAACACUGUCAUCUGAAGUUGGAAUCAUCAUAUGUGAUAUUGCUAAUCCAGCCUCACUUGAAGAAAUGGCUAAACAGGCAGCAGUUGUCCUCAAUUGCGUAGGACCAUAUCGAUUUUAUGGAGAACCUGUAAUAAAAGCGUGUAUAGAAAAUGGAGCCAGUUGUAUCGACAUCAGUGGAGAACCUCAGGUAAUACUUUUACAUUUAAAAGCCAUGCUACAAAAAUGGAAUGUCAUUAAGUCAGAUCAGCGUAUCUUCCACGUCACCUGGUGCAUGUUUCUGGAGCUAAUGCAGUGGAAAUAUCAUGAGAAAGCUGCAGAAAAAGGGGUUUAUAUCAUUGGAAGCAGCGGCUUUGACUCCAUUCCGGCAGAUCUGGGAGUAAUAUAUACCAGAAAUAAAAUGAAUGGUACUUUGACUGCUGUGGAAAGUUUCAUCACUAUACAUUCAGGGCCUGAGGGGUUGAGCAUUCAUGACGGUACCUGGAAGUCAGCAGUUUAUGGUUUUGGAGAUCAGAGUAGUUUGAAAAAACUACGAAAUGCAUCAAAUCUGAAACCUGUCCCACUCGUUGGUCCAAAAUUGAAGAGAAGGUGGCCAAUUUCUUAUUGUCGGGAACUCAAAAGUUACUCCAUUCCUUUUAUGGGAUCGGAUGUGUCUGUUGUAAGGAGGACUCAACGUUACUUGUAUGAAAAUUUUGAGGAAUCACCAGUGCAGUAUGCUGCUUAUGUAGCUGUGGGAGGCAUCACCUCUGUUAUUAAGCUGAUGUUCGCAGGACUUUUCUUUUUAUUCUUUGUGAGGUUUGGGAUUGGAAGGCAACUUCUCAUAAAAUUCCCAUGGUUCUUCUCCUUUGGCUAUUUUUCAAAACAAGGCCCAACACAGAAACAGCUGGAUGCCGCAUCGUUUACGUUGACAUUCUUUGGUCAAGGAUACGGUCAAGACAUUGGUGCUGAUAAGAACAAGCCAAAUCUCAAAAUCUGUACUCAGGUGAAAGGACCAGAGGCUGGCUAUGUGGCUACCCCCAUAGCCAUGGUUCAGGCCGCCAUGACUCUUCUAAACGAUGCUUCUGAUCUGCCUAAGGCGGGCGGAGUCUUCACACCUGGAGCAGCCUUCUCCAAAACAAAGUUGAUUGACAGACUCAACAAACAUGGUAUUGAGUUUAGUGUCAUUAGUAGCUCUGAAGUCUAAACAUUUGAAGAAUUAACUGAAGUCACAAGGUCCAUGAAUUAACAGCUUCUCUAUUUGAUAUCUGAAAUUAUUCUAUAAGCCUCUCUAACUCUAUGUGGAAACGUUUGUCAAAUCUAAAAUAUUAAAAGCAGGAAAUUGUCCUAGCUUACGCUAA